GGUCAUCCAUCCAAACACAGAAUCGAAUAAGAUUUGUGCUUUAUUUACUGCCUCAUUUUGGAAUAAAACACGCUCGGGCGAAGGAAAAGUCUGAAAUUUCAGUACAAUAGUGUCUGAAAUUUCAGUACAGAACAGUAACAGCACUUAAUUUUAGGUACUCAUACUAUGAUAGGGCCACAGAAACCUGGAAGAAAUAGAGGAUUUGACCCCAGCAGUAACAAUGCUCCACUUCAGUUUGACGGAAGCAAAGGAAAACCUCCUAUGCCAUUAGAAGGAAACAGUGGUGGUAUGUCAUCACAAGGUGGAAUGAAUAUGAUGGACAGGAACCAAGGACCAAUGGGAGGCAUGAAUAUGAUGGGUGGGAAUCAAGGGCCACCAGGUGGAAUGAAUAUGAUGGGUGGCAACCAGGGGCCACCAGGUGGCAUGAACAUGAUGGGUGGUAACCAGGGGCCACCAGGUGGCAUGAAUAUGAUGGGUGGCAACCAGGGACCACCAGGUGGUAUGAACAUGAUGGGUGGCAACCAGGGGCCACCAGGUGGCAUGAACAUGAUGGGUGGAAUGGGCUUUGGUGGUCAAAUGGGAUAUGGUGGUGGUGGGAUGAUGCAAGGACAAAUGAUGGGUGAUGCUAAUAUGCAGAUGAUGUAUAAUCAGUACAGUGGAUAUGGACCAAUGGGACAGAAUGGACCAGGUACAGAUGGAUCCCAAGGAAUGGGUCCAGGGUCCUUCACUGCAAACUCCUCCAUUCCUGGACUAGACCUGGCUAUGCUUGCACAGUUUAUGCCAAAAGAAAUCUUGAGAUUAAAGAGCAGUGUCUGUUAUCCUCCACCAAUGAAUGCACCACCACCUUCAGUACGGGAAAGACCUCCAGGAUGCAGAACCAUAUUUGUUGGUGGCAUUCCAGAAAAUAGUACAGAAGACAUGUUGGCUGAAAUAUUUGAAAAUUUUGGUAUUAUUUGUAGCAUCAGAAAAGGAAAGAAAAACUUUGCUCACAUCAGAUUUGAGCAUGACGAGAGUGCAGACAGAGCUUUGUUUAUGUCAGGUUACAGAAUGAAAAUUGAAGACAAAGAUGAUAAAGAUAACACAGGACGACUCCAUGUAGACUAUGCCAAUGCUCGAGAUGAUCAGUACGAAUUUGAAUGUAAAGAGAGAGCUAUGGCCAGACAGAUGAGACAUAUGCAGAGAAUGGAGGAUGCUAGACUCCGCCCACCCAGCCCACCACCCAUUGUCCACUAUAAUGACCAUGAGGCAAUGAUGCUAAUGGACAAACUUAAAUCUGAAGGAGACUUUGUGACAGCUGUCCACAUAUUGAACACUUGGCUAGAGAGGGGAGACUGUAGUAAGCGUAAUGUUGCACAGUUUUACACUUUGAUACAGUGUGCAAAUGCUCGCAUCCGUAACUUACAGUCUGAAAAACAAACGGGAGAAGAAGAGAUUGAAAGAGUUAAAAUGAGAUAUAAACAGUUGUUGGAAACUAUUCUACAGCAAUACGAACUGAUUGAGAGAGUCUUUGCUGCAACUCAAAAGCAGAGGAACUGGGACCAUUUUACAAAAGCUCAGCGCAAGAAUAUAGAACUAUGGUACAAACAGAUAAAGGAAACACGACAAUCACAAAUGGAUGAGUUCUUCAGUGAUCGCAAGGAAGAUGAUAUGGAGAUGUCUGACAAUGAAGAUGAACCAUCAUCCGCAAAGAAAAAGAAAAAAUCCGGUACAACAGUGGAUGAAAUGGUUGCUAAUGCAAAUCAAGAACACAUUAACUUUUUAAAAAGUGAGAAUGAUUCGCUGAAAUGUCAGCUUGAUGCCUAUAAGAAUGAGGUGGAGAUGAUAAAACAUGAACAGAAAGCAGUCACAGAUACAACUGUCAAAGAUAAUCAGAUGAAAAUGUUACAACAAGCGUUACAAGGAAUGCAGCAGCAACUCAUUCAAGCUAAACAGGAAUCAAAGACAAUAGAAAAAGAAAAUGAAAAACUGAAACUUGUAGUAAUAGCAGCAAAGAAAGAAGUAAAAGAGGUAAAAAGAAGUAAAAAGGAUGAAAAUGGAGAAGAAAAAACUGAUGAAUCAAAGGAGGAUAAAGAUGGGAAAGAGACCGAGACAGAAAAAGAGGAAAAUGAAAAAGAGGAAGCUGAAGCAGAGAAAGUGGAGGAGGUAUUGUUAGUAUCAGAUGGCAGUGUCAGUAGUUCUGGUCUAAAUAUUACAGAAAAGGAAGCUAAACUUAUUGGAUUAGUUGCAUGUUUUUUACAUGUUCAUCCCAUGGGAGCAAGUGUAGAAUAUAUCUGGUCUUAUAUAAACCAGUUAGGGAUUGCAACAAAGACCAGCCACUUAGAAGAUUUAUUAGAGAAAUUACCGUUCUUGUUCAGGAUGCAGACAACUGGUGUUGGUGCUUUGAUUGAAAGGAAGUGGCAAUUCACAGGAUAUAAAGACUUGGACAUGUUUGGAUUUUUGUGAAACACAAUGCCUUUAUAAGCCGUAGAUAUUUGUAUGUGAAGAAUAAAAGUGAGAGAAAAAUAGAAUGAAAGUGAUUGAACAUAGUACAUUGCCUUGAGAGAUGCGUGGGUCAGUUACAAUGUAUGUAUGAAUUUCACAAUGGAAAUGUUUUUUUUUUUCCAAAUAACAAUUUGAUGACUUAAGUAUGAACUUCCAUUGUGUGGAAUUUUUAUGACCAUAAAGAUUUGCAGAAGAUUGAUAACUAAUGGUAUUUACCAACUAUGUUUGAAUGAAUUUUUUUUUAAAUUUGGACAUUAUAAAAUGAGCAUAUAUUGGAAGGAAAUUUAUACACUCCUUUGAAAGGAGUUUAUAUGUUCAUAAAAUACCUGAUCGUUCUCAAGUUGUAGUAUGAUUUUGAUUUCAGAAUUUGAUCUUAAAAUAGAAUUCAGAAACAUAUUAUUUUAUUUGGUGUUGUUUAAUACUGGGAAGACAGUGUUUGUUUUAUAAUGUUAGAUCUUUAUUUUAUUUUUGUUCUCAUGUAAAUUCUCUUUAUUGAUUUGUUGUCAUUUGUUUUGCUCAUCUAAUAUUUCAUCAUUGAUUAUUUUUUUUUCAUUUGAAUAGUUAUCAUUAGAGAACCUGAUAAACAACUGAUUUUUACAUUGUUGUUAUAUGAUUUAGAUAUUAAAUGACAUGAACAUUU